UCUACACUACACUUCUUUUUGAGAGAACUUAAAAAUAAAAAAGAAUAAUAAUGGGAAAAUGGGAAAGCUCAAUUUUGACGAAAUUCGUCCUUGUUCUAAGUUUUGCAACAGUCUCUUUCGCAAAUUCCAGUAGUGGUUUACGUGCCUUUUAUUUGGUCCAACAGUGGCUAGGGUCGUACUGUAACCAAAGAGGGACGAAAUGUUGUUACCCACCUACAGGGAAGCCAAGUCCAGAUUUUACCAUAUAUGGGUUUUGGCCUUACUAUAGGGACGGUAGUUUCCCCUACAACUGCGGCGACGACAACUACGACGUUGGUCGGAUUAAGUUCUUGGAGAACAGGUUACGAAAGGAAUGGCCAUCAUUCACAUGCCCACAAAUAGGAAGGAAGUUUUGGGUGCACGAAUGGAACAAGCACGGAACAUGCUCGAAAUCCUCCCUAGGCGAAAUCCCCUACUUCCAAGCCGCUCUAAACCUCAAGAACAGGGCUAACGUCUUCAAGGCCCUCGCCCGAGCCGGGAUUAAGCCAAACAACAGAUUUUACUCCCUUAAGUCCAUAAAAAAGGCGAUCACUCGAUCAAUCGGGUUUCACCCUUGGGUUGUAUGUAACCAUAAUGCUCAAGGGAAAAGCCAGAUUUGGCAAGUCACAUUGUGUGCUGAUAAAACUGGAAGGAAGCUCGUUAAUUGCCCUUACAUUCCUAGAGGACGUGGUAAUUGUGCCUCCAAAAUUAUGUUCCCUUCUUUCUACUAAUUAAGGGUACUAAUUAAUUAAUGCAAGCUUAAUUAGCUGUUUUUAAAGCUCAAUUGCUUGUGUAUUUAAAAUGUUGUAUCAAUUAUUAGUGCUACGUAUGUAUGUGUUUGUAAUUUGUUGCACCAUUUUAUUAAGCAACAAAUAAAAUAUUUUACUUUUUUUUUUUUGGAAAACAUGUAUCCAAACAAAUCGAUGCGGAAUUGUGUAUAUUGAAUAUUCAAUCCACUCGAUUCAUUGUGUGAUUUCAUAUAUAUUUGAAAUAUUAUGAUUUUAAUUCAAAUUC